AAAACACUUCCAAAGGAGACUUUUUAGUCAAGAUAAGAUGUUCAUUGACUUAGCCGAAGACUUACAAACUAUAUAAGAAAUCAUCUUCCAAACGUUUUUGUACAAUGCUUAGGUUGUAAUUCUGUUACUGCAAUACAAUCUGGGAAAGAGAAUUAUAACUAAAUUCACCAUGGGAUCGUAUAUGCUUUUGCUGCAAGCCCACUUCUUUCUAGCAAUGCUGCUUAUUUUUGUCACAAAAUCACAAACAAAUUUCCAAAUAGCAAAGCCCAACUGCACGGAUCGUUGUGGAGAUGUAAGUAUUCCCUUCCCCUUUGGCACAGGGAAAGGUUGUUACCUUAGUGAAAGAUUCUUAGUCGCUUGUAAUCACACCGGUGAUCCUCCUAAACCAUUCUUGAACAACACAAACCUAGAUAUCGCAAACAUAUCCCUGGAGGGUCAAUUGACUAUGUUUCCAUUCAUACAGAAAGACUGUUAUGAUAGGAAGGGCACCAGAGUAUUCCAUAACAACCCCUAUAUAUAUUUUGAAGGAUUCACAGUCAAUAAUACGGCAAAUAAGUUAACUGUUGUUGGUUGCGAUACUUAUGGUUCUGUACUUGGGAGCCGGAAUACCAAGAGUGAUUACCAGACAGGGUGCACUUCCACGUGUGCAAGGAAGGAUGAUCUGGAGGAACGGUCAUGUUCCGGUGUAGGCUGUUGCCAGGUGUCUAUCCCAAAAGGGGUGUGGGAUGUUGAGUUGACGUUGCAGAGCUUUUCUAAUUUCACAGAUAGCUAUGAUAAUCACACCACCACUCUGUGGGACUUCGAUAAAUGCAGCUAUGCAUUUCUUGCAGAGGAAAGUGCAUUCAAUUUUUCUCCAAAUAGUCUUUCAAUUCUGAAGAAUGUAGAGACGCUUCCCAUGAUGGUUGACUGGGCAAUUGACGGAGGAACAUGUGAGGAGUCUCAGAAGAACAUGUCUAGCUAUGCCUGUAAAAGCACGAAUUCCAGUUGUAAAGGAACCGAUAAUGGGUAUCGUUGUUAUUGUUCAGAGGGUUAUGAAGGGAAUCCAUACCUCAUUGAUGGCUGCAAAGAUAUUGAUGAAUGUAAAAUUCCAAGACUCAACAAUUGUGUAUACCGAUGUGUAAACACAAUGGGGAGUUUUAAGUGCGUUUGUCCGAAAGGUUACAAUGGAGAUGGGAAGAAAGAUAGACAGGGUUGCUUUCGUGGCCAAUCCCUUGUAUUCAGACUUGUUGCAGGGAUUUCUCUAGGAAUUACGGUUUUUGUACUUGUUGUUUGCUGGUUGCUCUCAAUACUCAAUAGAAGAAAGUUGAACACAAUGAAGCAAAAAUUCUUUCUUCAAAAUGGUGGCUUAUUGUUGCAAGAAAAACUUACGCAAAGACAACAGUCACCAAUUAUGGCAAAGAUAUUUACUUCCGCCGAACUCAAGAAGGCAACAAACGACUUCCACGACAGUAGAAUUGUUGGUCAAGGAGGAUAUGGCACUGUAUACAAGGGCUUGUUAGCAGAUAAUCGACUAGUUGCCAUCAAGAAGUCCAAAGAAGUUGAUCCACAUCAAGUCGAGCAAUUUAUCAAUGAGGUGAUAGUUCUUUCCCAGAUCAACCACAAGAAUGUUGUCAAGCUCCUUGGUUGUUGUUUAGAAACGCAAGCUCCUCUGCUAGUCUAUGAAUUCAUAGAAAAUGGAUCCCUUUUUGAACACAUACACAAUAAAACAAAGGCGCGUUCUCUUUCUUGGGACAUACGAUUAAGAGUUGCUACAGAAACUGCUGGAGUGCUAGCGUAUUUGCACUCUAUAGCUUCCCCUCCAAUCAUACACAGAGACAUCAAAUCAACAAAUAUUCUUUUAGACACUAGUUUCACUGCAAAAGUGUCUGAUUUUGGAACAUCAAGAUUGGUUCCACUGGAUCAAACUCAAUUAUCUACUAUGGUGCAAGGAACCUUUGGAUACUUAGACCCUGAAUACAUGCAAACGAACCAAUUGACUCAAAAAAGUGAUGUUUACAGCUUUGGAGUAGUCCUGGUCGAGCUACUAACAGGAAAGAAGGCAUUAAGCUAUGACAGACCAGUAGAGGAGAGAAGUUUAGCCAACUAUUUCCUUUUAGCACUAGAGCGAAGCUGCUUAUUCCAAGUUCUUGAUGAUAAUAUUAAAUGCGAAGGAAAGAGUAAGGAGUUAACAUCAGUUGCUAUGCUUGCGAAAUUGUGCUUACUUGUUAAAAGGGAGGAUAGACCUAGUAUGAAUGAAGUAGCUAAGGAACUCGAAGGUCUGAGAUUAGCAAGGAAACACUCAUGGAACCAAACAGAACCCAAUGAAGAAGAGUCUGAAUCCCUGCUUUCUGGGAAAAUGAAAGCCUUUGCAAUUGCAAAUAGUGAUGGUAGUAGUAGCACAGCUAUUGGAUAUGAAAGCAUCAGAGAUCAUAUUAUUUUACCUAUUGGUGGUGGCAGAUGAUCUGUAGCAUUAGAAUCGAUGUGGAGUGAGGUUAUAUAGAAUUGGCAAUGUAGCGUUACUGUUGUUGGGUUAAUUUAUGAUUUUAUCUUUUGUAAUUAGGUUCUUAAUCUAUAAAAUAUGGAUGUGGAUUGAGGUUAUACUGAACUUGCAAGAUUAGCGAUACUAUUGUUAUAUU